AUGCCUGGCAUCGAUCCCCAGAUCAUCUGCCAUCGCCUGCACGUCAACCCAGCCAUCAAGCCUGUAGUGCAGAAGAGACGCAACUUCGCCCCCGAGCGGGUCGCCAUCAUUGAAGCUGAGAUCGACAAGCUUCUGGCUGCCGGUUUCAUUGAAGAAGUCUCAUACACAGAAUGGCUGGCGAACGCUGUUCUAGUAGCAAAGAAAGAUAAAGGCCUGUGGAGAGUGUGCGUCGACUAUACUGACCUCAACAAGGCAUGUCUUAAAGAUAACUUUCCACUGCCGAGAAUUGAUCAGCUCGUCGAUUCAACUUCCGGCAAUCAACUGCUAAGCUUCAUGGACGCCUACUCCGGCUACAACCAGAUCAUGAUGCAUGAAGACGACAAGGCAAAGACCUCUUUCAUGAUCGAAAGAGGAGCAAAUCGGCAAGACUAUGGAGGUCUACGUAGACACAUGCUAGUCAAAGCUCCCGAACGAGCAGACCACAUCGAGAAUCUUGCCGAGGCAUUCAGCCUACUCCGAAAAUACAACAUGAAGUUGAACCCGAGCAAAUGCACAUUUGGAGUCUCGUCCGGCCGAUUCCUUGGAUACUUAGUCACCCAAAGAGGAAUUGAGGCACAUCCAAAUCAAAUCAAGGCUAUACUCAACAUGAAGUCACCUGCCACAACAGGAGAUACAAAGUCUAACGGGCCAUUUUUCAAAGCCUUGAAGAAGGGACACAAAGACAAGUGGGAUGACGAGUGUGAAGUAGCUUUUCAAAACUUGAAAACUUACCUCACUUCACCUCCAUUGCUCUCAAAGCCGAUACCAGGCGAAGACUUGUACAUCUACCUAGCGGUGUCCGACUUAGCUGUCAGCUCAGCUCUCAUCCGAGAAGAGUUGGGGGCACAACAUCCGGUAUUCUACACUUCAAAAGCUCUCCUCGAUGCAGAGACUCGCUAUCCGAAAAUGGAGAAGCUCAUUUUUUCGCUUGUGGUUUCUGCGAGAAAGUUAAGGCCCUACUAUCAAGCACACCGGAUAAUUGUCAUAACAGAAUUUCCUUUGAGAUCGAUCCUUCACAGCCCCGACGCUUCUCAGCGACUCAUGAAAUGGGCUAUCGAACUCAGUCAAUACGACCUCCUCUAUCGGCCGAAGACUGCUAUAAAAGCUCAAGCUUUACCAGAUUUUGUUGUAGAGUUUACUCCGACAGCCGAAGAAGAGAAGAUGGUCACGAAAAGCAAGGAAAAAGCGGACGACACCUCCCCCACAGAUUCGAACCUAACUAACGACAUGUGGCAGUUGCAUGUAGACGGAGCAUCAAAUCACAAAGGAGCGGGAGUAGGAGUUGUCAUAAUCACCCCAGACGGAACCUUGACGGAGCAUCGAUCCCUAAUCUGCCUGCCGAAGUUUACCAUCCGCGAAACAGUCCAUGACCAUUCAUGCAAUGGGCCAUCGACUUAG